AUGAACGCGUCCCAGAGAUGUUGGACGCCAAUCUUUACACUCUCAGCUUCGUUCGCUCCACAAGCGAGCCUGAUAAGCUAUUCCUCAUCCGAGAAGUUAGAACCCACCGGCGAGUCCGUUUAUUUUUGUCUCCGGGCACCUGAAGGUAGCGAGACUAGGAUCGAAUUAUACCAUGCCUCAACCCUGGCACCAUUAGGCGUAUUCCAACACAUCUCCUCCAAGCUCAAGUUGAUCUCUUUAGCCAAUCCAUCGACGACCAUCGAACUGAAAAACUCGGGGUAUAUGAAAUUCGAAUGGGCGUUCUAUUUUGAUAGGAUCCUGAAGUUUUGCUGGAAGAAAGAUAUCAUCGGGAUGCCUGGUAGCAAGAGAGGCUAUACAUGUUGGAUGUGUCAAAAACCAGACUCAGAUUUUCCAUGUGCAAUAUAUCGACCAGGCACUUCAACCGUCCCGCCAUCGUGCCAAUUUUUGGGCUUCAAUAUUCGUCGGAUCGAGUGUCUACAAGAUCCACGGGGCCUUGAGUUUGCGAUCAUACUCGCACUACUCGGGUUCACUGAGGGGGCCACCGAUCACGAGCCGCGCCGAAGUCCACCCGCCUCUCCGGCCCAUCCAGCACGAUUAAUCUUGCCGGGACCGGAAGCCAGCUUGCUCGCAAGUUCCUGUGAACCACCGGGCGCUAACGAGCUCCGUGUGACGGAGAGCAGCGUAAUAUCUGACCUGGUAGCGCGAAGCCACAAGCUGCUUGAAGACCCACUCUUCCUCUACCUUUCGCUCCAUGCCCUCACGCCCGAAACAUUCCAACGAGCCGCUGCCGUUGCUGACCAGAUCAAACGCGACCAUCUCGAGAGGUGUGGAGAAGAACUCUACCAAUACCGCGUAGAAGACAUGAUGAGUCAAGAAAUGGCUGGUGGGCGGCCCGUGUCUUUAUCUGCUUCGGCUUCGCAAGCUUUGAUGCCAUGCCCCCUCAAGAUCUAUUUGUCCCGGACCUCCUUGGACGGACUGCUCCCAAAAUUAGUCACUAUAUCCUCACCUAACACCAAUAAGAAGUUUGGCAAACCUUUCUCGAUUCAUCUCCGGCGUUCAUCGACCGUUCAGCAAGAUAGCUUCAAUCGCCAACUUCUCAUCAAGAUCAAGCGCGUACUACCAGCACACCAUCAUCCCUAUUAUCUUUCAGAUGAAGAAGAGCAACAGGAGGAGGAGGCACAAGCCGAACAAACAAACCAAAAACAUUGUUCAAAAGUUCAAGAUCAAGACGACACAAAAGAAGAAGACGAGCGAUCAGUCGACAACCCACCAAAAGCAGAUGGACCGGACACGAUCAAGAAGUCCGACAAUAGUCCACAAACCGAGCCGCUCAUGAUCCGUGUCAACGAACUGAACCCGAUUGCUGACCAGUCAAGGCGCAACACGCUGCUAAUGGUCACGGAGAAAACCCAGAGUCGGGAGAGCAUUCUUAGCGCCCGGGAGCGUUGCCCGGAGAGUUUUGACCCCACCAGGUUCCGUGCGGACGAGCGCCGUCGAAGUAGUGAAUACCUCCGUGCAUCGAGCGAUGGGCACAGUUUGAGCCGACAAACCAGCCUCACCAAUCCGUCGUCAGACAGCACUAGCACCAGUUAUGGGAGUCGGCUCGAGCGGGCCGAAAGCGUUCGAAGCAAGUCCAGUUCGUGGUGCACCUCCUUUGGAUCAGUUUGGAUCCCUUUGAGCACCGGACUGAGAGCUGCUUGGAGUGUUGACUUCCCGCUGGUCUAA